AUCAAUAAAGUUAUAUAUAUGUAUGUGGUUUAAAACUAGUUCCACACACGAAUGCUUUAAUUAAAUUCCUUGUGUUGUGAGCAUCAAAUUAAAGCAAAAGAAUGAAGGAAACAAUAAGGUACUUAGCAGGCAUUGCAGGGCCUAGUGGUUUUGGCUCAAAUUCAACUGCAGAACAAGUCACUCAACAUUGCUCUUUUCUACCUUCAAAUCUAACUGCUCUCAUCACUGGUGCCACUUCUGGUAUUGGAGCUGAAACAGCUAGAGUGUUAGCAAAAAAAGGAGUGAGAGUUGUGGUUGGUGCUAGAGACAUGAAAAAAGCUAUGAAAGUGAGAGAAAAAAUCCAAGAGGAGAGUCCUAAUGCUGAGGUUAUUCUAUUGGAGAUUGAUCUUAGUUCUCUUGCUUCUGUAAAGAGAUUUUGUUCAGAGUUUUUAGCUUUAGAUUUGCCUCUUAAUAUUCUCAUAAACAAUGCAGGAGUAUACUCUCAGGAUCUGGAAUUCUCUGAAGAGAAAAUUGAAUUGACAUUUGCUACAAAUUAUUUAGGACAUUUUCUGCUGACAAAGAUGUUACUAGAGAAAAUGAUAGAUACUGCAAACAUGACAGGAAUUCAAGGAAGAAUAAUAAAUGUUUCUUCAGUAAUUCAUAGCUGGGUGAAAAGAUCUUGCUUUAGUUUUAAAGACAUGCUCAGUGGAAAAAAUUACAAUGGAACACGUGCAUAUGCUCAAUCAAAAUUAGCCAUGAUUCUGCAUGUCAAGGAAAUGACUAGACAACUAAAGGCAAGGAAUGCAAGAGUAACUAUUAAUGCAGUGCAUCCAGGCAUUGUGAGGACAGGAAUUAUAAGAGCACAUAAGGGCUUAAUACAGGAUUCCUUCUUUUUCAUUGCAUCAAAGCUGCUCAAAACAAUAUCACAGGGUGCAUCAACGACAUGUUACGUUGCUCUAAGCCAACAAAUAGAAGGGGUGAGUGGGAAAUACUUUACUGAUUGCAAUGAGAGUACCUGCUCAAGUUUUGCAAAGGACGAAUCAGAAGCUAAAAAACUAUGGAACAAUACAAAUACCUUACUUCACAAACGCCUAAGGGCAUGUUUGGAUUGGCGGUGAUAUUUGACAAAUGUUGCAUUUUGGAGCCUCAAUCGACAAACUCACCGUUCAUCCAAAAAUAAAUUAAGACAAGCAGUAACUGGAAGUCCUUCUUCCUUCUUUUCUAGAACCUGUGUCUAGACAUCGUGCAUAUAUAUGUGUGUAUAAUUAUCUGUUUAUGAUUAAGUAGAAGCCAAUACUAGAGUUUUAAAAGGAAAAUAAAACUACUCCAUUAUCAAAGGGAAGAGGAUUUAGUUUUAGAGUAAAUAAAUAAUACCUAAUUUCUUUCAUUAGUUGGAGGAUGUAUGCAUGAUACAUCAUCAUUUAUUGUACAAAUAAGAGAUUAUAAAGCAUAAAAUCAAUAUCUUUGUUGA